AUGAAUCGUCAACGGACAGCUAUGGGUAAACCCCCAACAAGGAGUCAUCGCAUUCUCGCUUUGGUUCCACCUGAACAUGGAAGAUCUGAUGCCAGUGGUGAAUCUUCUGGGGAAGAGGGUGAGGAAUCUCAUCUAUUUCGAAAUUGCGUAUUUUCAGACACAUCUUCUGAAAAUCCUUCAAUUGGCUCAUCCCUAGAGCGACUGGACUUGUUAUCUGAAGACAAUUUCGGACCCACUCUUGACCCUGAUCAAAAUUUCUUUGCACAAGAAUCAAAUUCAGAAGAUGAAACUGCACCGUCCCAUAUCCGUCAUCCAUGCUUUAUACCCGAAUCUGAUACUGAAUAUGAGCAUUCAUCACCACACAUUCUACAAAACACUAUUUCGCCAAAAACGAAUACCAACUAUGCUGGGGAUGAAAUUCAAGUGAUAUUACCAGAAGAGUCGUCACCCAUUGCAGUAAUGCCUUCUUGCUCAUCCUGGAAUGGAGACUUACCAUCUAUUCCGUCUAAUAUUUCAUCUCUUCCCUCUGAACCGUUUCCUACGCCAUCAACAUCAGCUGUGAGUAAAAAAAAAUCUCCCGCAAAAAGAUUGUCAAAACGAAAGAUUACAAAACAACAACAGCCUGCUCCUACUAAAAAGAACAGUAUUUUGCCAUACAUAUAG